UCAUUUUAAUAUUUGUUUCUUCCGCCAAACAAUGGCGGCAACGGCAUAUCUCAAUCUUUGCCGUCCGUGGCAAUCGCUGCCGAAUCGUAAUCAAUUCGCCAUCAAAUCACGACCGUCCAUCCGACCUCCCAUCACCUGCUACGCUCCUCACUCCGCUAAUAAGUGUAAGAGGAAGUACACAAGCGUAAUGAUAGUGCCGACGGGAGUGGGGGCCAGCAUCGGAGGAUUUGCCGGUGAUGCUUUGCCUGUUGCUCGAGCCUUAUCCUCUGUCGUUGAUUGUCUUAUUUCACAUCCUAAUGUUUUAAAUGCAGCAAUGUUAUACUGGCCCAUGCCCAAUGUAAUGUAUGUUGAUAGAUUCGCCCAAGGUUUAUGGGCUCUUGAACCUGUUCAUCAAAACAAGGUGGGAUUGGUUCUUGAUGCUGGCAUAGAAGAGCAUCUUCGAACCCGCCAUUUGCAAGUGGCUGAUGCCACAAGGGCUUCCCUUGGAUUGCCAGUUGUUGAAUAUGUUGUCACUGACACCCCAUUAGAGGUAAAAAAAUGGAUCAAUCCAACUACUGGGCAAUCAACGGGUAGGAUUAAACACCCUGAUUCUUUACUUCGGGCUGUUCAGAAUUUAGUUGAACGAUCACAAGUGGAUGCUGUUGCUGUUGUUGGGCGCUUUCCAGAUGAUGAAAUGGAUGAUCUUGAUGACUAUCGACUUGGUAUUGGAAUAGAUAUAUUGGCCGGAGUGGAGGCAAUAAUAAGUCAUCUUGUGGUGAAAGAAUUUCAGAUACCUUGUGCACAUGCGCCUGCACUAUCUCCCCUUCCUUUAACCUCAUCUCUUAGCCCAAAAUCAGCUGCUGAGGAGAUAGGGUACACAUUUUUGCCAUGUGUCCUUGCUGGACUUAGUAAUGCACCACAGUACUUGGUUAGAAACCCGGAGUCCUCGGCAAAGGGUUGUAUCUUUGCCAGUGAUGUUGACAGUGUUAUUCUUCCGAUAGAUGCUUGUGGAGGAGAUGGUGCUCUUGCUUUUGCAAGAAGCAAGAGAAGUAAGCCUCUAAUAAUUUGUGUGGAGGAAAAUGAAACAAUUCUAAAUGACACUGCAGAUAAACUUGGGAUCAAAGUGAUUAAGGUAAAAAACUAUUGGGAAGCCAUUGGUGUAAUUGCAGCUCAUAAGGCAGGAAUUGACCCGAAUUCUCUUCGUAGAAACAGAAUUCGUAACAUUCGUCUCUCAUCUGUUGUUCCAGCUAAUGGCUUUGCAAUUUCAACAGCAUGAUCCAUCAGAUAACCGUAAAAGGUCUAAAGUUGAAGUUGAUGAACAACUGCAAAAUUUGAUUCUGAAGCUAACAAUUUUUGAAAGGAGCACCACUGGAGUCUGGAAUACAAUGUUCUGCCUUUGAUGGAAAAUAAAACUAUUAAGUCGGUGCCCCUAAUAGUAAAUUUUUCCCUUGCUUAGGUUCGAUCCCAACCCAACCCAAAACCUCAUUUUGUUCUGCCAAUAGUUUUUAACAUUUACCAUAAAUUUAUUUAUUUUUGGCUAUAUAUAUUCCUUAUCUGAACCCAACCCGGAUUAAUUCAUAAAUGCUUCUAGUAGAUUAUGAAUACUGUUAUAUGCAUAUCAGACUAUAGCUGGUAAGUCCUGCAAUAUCCUAUUAAAUAAAGGUUAUAUAAACUGUUUAUCA